AUGGCUGCCGUAGACAAGUUUGACAGGAGAAAUCAAGACAUACUGGACUCUAAGAUCAUCUCUGAAUUGAGAAUGGACUUGUAUAUGCUCGACUUGUCGGGAUUCAUCCACCUCGUCAACAUAUUACACAGCAACGUUGUCUUUCCACAUCCUGUUGGUCCUCCCCUGAGUGUGGCCGGGUUGGGUAUAGUUCUACAUGCAGUAACGAUAAAGAAGAAUUAUCGCAAGGAAGUAAAGAUUUUCCAGUGUCUUGCCAAAGACGGAGUUGUUGAGGAGUUUGAAGAGAUUGUUUUCAAAGUAGUAGCUGGCUCGUUUGCGAAGCUCGGUGUUCUUGUGGAUAUAGGAGGCCAUGCAAGGAGAUUGAUCGAAUUGAAGCACACGGUGGAUCUUGGUCAGCUUUAUAUCCAGGUUAUUCGCAUCAAGAUACUGAAAGUAGAUGGUGGGCUUGUCGAGACUGUGGCCUUUGACUUGAGGAUUAGCCAAACAACGGUACCUCAAAUUUCUGAGAAUCGUGGUGAAGAUGUUGCAGGUGCAAUCGAUCAAUUUGAGCAGGGAGAAACAGCGGCACCUCAAAUUGCUGAGAAUCAUAGUGAAGGGGAUGCUGUAGAUGCAAUCAAGCAAUUUGAGGUUAGUACAUCAACUUCAUCAUCAAUAUAUAUGUCAUCUUUACCUAGCAACAUAUCAGCUGGUAAAUGGAAAUCUACAGAAGAAAUUUUGACAGCUCCAGACACAGCAGCUCAAAAAGCGACACAGGUUUUUUCAGAAAGCAUUGACUUCAAAAGACAAGUUGCGCCAUUCGAAAACGUUCCAAUGUGUAAACCUGAAGAAGCAGUUAGUUUGCCUACGACAUUCCACAUUCCAGCAGAUUUGGAUAAACAAGGGACGUCACCAAUUAAGGAAAUGCACAUUUACUUGCCUGCUGCAUCACAGAAUGGCAAUGUUUUCAACUGCGGGGUUCCGCCGAAUAGAACUAAAGAUGACGAGAUCGCACAUGACAAAGUACCUGAUGAUAUUUCACAGUAUGCUGAAGAAGUGAAAACGGAAAGCGAUAAGUUAGGAGGCUUCUGGCGCGGGUGGGCUGAUAUUCCUGUUCAUAUCAUUAGUGAUGUCAGCCAUCUGCUUACAAGCCCUGAUUACAAACAUCAGCUGGCCAAGUCGCUUUUAGGCCCUGAUUUGAAUGAAAAACAUUCUGAAGAAAUGGUCAAGGCAAAAGAGGAUGUGUUUUUAACAAUCGAUUUUUGGAUUAGAAAUCAUGGAGAUAACGCAACGUUAGAUAGUCUAUUUCGAUUUAUGGAUAGUGUUGACUUGCUUGAAGCUUUGAAAGACCGACUGAAUCAGCGCUUGAAGUCGCAGACAUCUCAGAAAGUGGGCAUAGCUCGAUUUCAGCCUAGUCAACUGUUUGGUGUUGUUAAUGAUAACACAUCGACUUAUUGGAUGCCAUUAGGUAUGGAUAUUGGAUUUACGUAUGACCAAGUGAUCAGCACGGCAGAUAGUUUUACGAAUUCCCUCAAACUUAAUGCUAUUUACCAGAGAAAAUGCAGCGAAGUUGGAGAAUAUAGAGCAGUUGCUCGCUUGAUAACAGCUGUGCAGGCAGGGAAUAGGAUGGGAGCAGUGGAAGAUAGUCUACCAGGAGUCACCGCUGCUUUGGCGGAAUCAUGCUCCUACAAUGAAGCAGAGCUGUUGGCCACCGCAGACACAGCACAGACUCCAGGUGACUGUGAGACUGCUAUGGAAGAACAUAUCGAAACUGCAAAUGAAACUGUAAAUGAACUAGAAGUCAUAGCUAACAAAGAGGUUAUACCUGAAGAUGUUACAAGUGAAGGAAAUGCCUUUGUUGCCGCAAACAUGCAAAAUGACGAGAACCAAAAUGAUUGUGAAGAUCUUGAAUUAUCGGAAGACAACAGAAGUGGUCUGCUUGCCAAUAAGACGUCAAACUGUUCUAAUCAAAGCUAGCUACUGUGACAGGGAAAAGAAACUGGAUAGAGUUUGCUGCUGCCUGGUUUCCUAACUCUUCUUCUGCAUCACACUUUCCAGCUUUGCAACCGAAUCCAGCAUUUUCUGAUCAUUUUUGAUGAGUGAAAACUGGAAUAGGUCGUCCACGAGCUAUACGGCUUGUUUGUAAGUUUGCACUCGAAUUUGAGGCGGAUCAUAGCAAGUCUUCUCUCUGAUGUUUGUCAUGAUGUUGAAGUAGAGCCCAAGUUACAGCCCCUUUCUGGUGAGAGUCUACCACAGCGCAGCAACUCGACGGAAGAUGAAGCUCGCUUAGAUGUGUCUGCAUGUGGAGUUUGGGGAAGUCGCUUCAAAAACUUUUAUGACGUAAGAAUAUUCAAUCCUAAUGCUCCUUGAUACAAGUUUUCUGCAAUCUCUUUCUGCU